AACACACACACACAAAGCGCAAGCGCGUCCCCGGUCCUUUUCGGCUUAGCGCCCAUUUUGUAUAAAUUUUGUCCUCAGAAGCCGUCAGAAACACGUGCGAAAACCAUGGACAGGGGAAACAAUUCGGAUGAGAAGCUUUGCAAGCUGUUCGUCGGGGGUCUGAGCAGAGCAGAGACUUUUGAGGAACAGCUGAAGGAGUACUUCUCACAGUAUGGUACCAUCACUGAUAGCGUCGUUAUCAAGGAUAACGAACAGAGAUCCAGAGGGUUUGGUUUCGUCACAAUGAGCUGCAUAGAUGAAGCUGACAAUGUGGUCUUUGAUAAGAAUGAAGAAAACAAUGAAAAACACAGCAUCAACGGAAAAGAAGUCGAGGUGAAGAGAGCUACACCAAGAGAUCAAGAAUUUGAUCACAACGUCACAAAGAAGCUGUUCGUCGCCGGCUUCAAGAACAAGAACUUGACCGGAGACGACCUGAGGGAUUACUUCAAUUCCUGCAGCCGCUGUGAAGUGGUCAAGGUGGAUGUUGUCAAAGACAGGGAAACUGAAGUACCAAAAGGCUUUGCUUUCAUCGAGAUGACCAGUCGCCACAUGGUGGACAAAUUAGCAAUCAUGGAGAAGCAUGACAUAAACGGUAUCCAGAUCGUCGCUAAGAAAGCCACGCCGAGAGAAAAUGAAUCUGGGGGAAGAGGAGGCUCCCGUGGUGGUCGUGGAGGACGUGGUGGUCGUGGCGGCGGCAGAGGUGGAUAUGGCGGUGGGCAAGACUACCAAGGAGGUUACGGAGGUGGCUACAACUCCUAUGGAGGAGACAGCUAUGGGCGUGGUGGUGGUGGUGGAGGGCGUGGCGGCGGGCGGGGCUCGUACGGUGGAGGCUACGGCAGUGGUGGUGGUGGCUACGGAGGAGGAGGUGGUGGUGGCUAUGACGACUGGGGUAAUUCUGGAGGAUACGGUGGUGGAUAUAGUGGUUAUGACGGUGGUUAUGGAGGCGCUGACUACAGCAGUGGCGGAGACUACAGAGGUGGGCGUGGUGGCGGCGGAAGAUACCGCCCGUACUAAUUCAGCUGACUCCAUUGAGUGGUUUUUUAAGAGAUCGUUAUGUGAUGGUUAUGUAAGCAUUCCUUGAGCCCUAAGUCACUCCCAAAACCUGGAACUUUGAUGCGAUACAGAAAGAUUUCUAGAAACAGAGAACCGCACCCUAAGAGCAAAUCAGUGAAUCAAGCAGACUGCUUUAAGAACAUGAAGUUAAUAAGAACCUUGGAACCUUCAACUUUAUGAUCAAGAUCUUUAAAAGAACCUGGGCACCAACCUGCUCUCAGAACACGAAGUUACUAACUGGGAACCUUCAGCUCUAAGUUCAAGAAGUUUAUAAGAAUCUUGGAACCUUCAACUUUAAGAUCUGGAAACCUUCUGCUAUAAGAUCCAGAUCUUAAAAAAGAACUUUGGAAUCUGCAGCUUUAUGAUCAAGAAGUAAAUCAGAACCUGGGAACAUUUCAGCUUCUUAAACAAGAACUUUGGAAGAUUUCAGCUUUAAGAACAACAUCUUAAAAAGAACCUGGGCACCACCUGCUAAUAAGAACCUUGGAACUUUCAGCUUUAAGAACAAUAAGAUAGUAAGAACCUGUGAACACAAGAUGUCAAUAAGAACAUGAGAACCUACUGCCUUAAGUUCAAGAAGACAAUCACCUGCUUUAAGGUCAAGAUGUUAAUCAGAACCUUGGAACUUUCAGCUUUAAGUUAAACCUUAGUUAAGUUCAAGAAGUUUAUAGGAACCCUGGAACCUUCAGAGUUAAGAUAACAAAGUUGUUAAGAACCAUCAACCCUUGUACUCUAUGAUCAAGAAGUUGAUAAGAACCUGAGAGUAUUCUACUUUUAAGAUCAAUAACAUAAUAAGAACCAUGGAAUCGCCUUUGAUAUUAUCAAGAACUUAAUAAGUAUUUUUGGAACCUUCUCAGAGAGUUAACAAUAACCUUGGAACUGCUUUAAGAUUGAUAAGUUAACUAUCUUGGAACCUUCAUUUUAACGUUCAGGUUUAACUGCACAACUUGUAACUAAUGUAUUUGAGAUCAGAAAUAUGUUUCCAUGAAUCUUCUUCUUUAAGAUGAAUUAGUUAAUCAGAAUUUGAAAGCUUUCUGUUUUUAGAUCAAUAACUUUUAGUAAGAGCUGUUGAACUUUCUGCUGUAAGAUAUUUGUAAGAAGUUGAAGAGAUCCUUGUUUGUAAUGUUCCACUUUCAGAUCAUGAAGAAGAAACCACUGAGAGUUAGACACAUUUUCCAAAAACAAUUUUCCAGUUUCGGAUAUAUAAAUGCUGAUGAUAAGGCUACAAAACUUUUUAAACAUUUUAUUUUGUAAAAGUUGCCAAGACAAUCAUGACCGGACUUGUAACUAAACCACCUUAUAUUCAAUUCACUGCUCAGAUAAAUUUUUUAAAAAUUGUGUAGACUUGUUGGUGAUUAUCGUGGGCGUCAUAAAGUGUUUAGCUGUAGUACAGUACUUGAUUGUAGAGCUUCAUGUGCCAUUAGUUCAAACUUUUUUUAUACUUUUUGUUUCGUAUGUAAGGAUUUCAUUGUUGCUGUUAUUCAUGUACACAAUUAGAAUAAAAAUGAAGUGUCGUGAAACACUUGAUGUACAAGAAAAAAAAGUAACGUCCCAUUUCGGGAUUCAAGUUCAUGAAUUGGGUUUUAGCUUUUAAAGAAAUCAAGAAGUUAGUUUCACUCUGUUAGCAUCUUGUAUUCUUUAUACAAUGUAGGAAUCUAUGACUAAUUGUACAAAGAAGAGAAAAUAUAAUCGCCGGUUGCAAACAACUAACCAACCAAAAGGACAGAUGGUAUAAAUACAAAAAAUAGUAAAAGACUCUGACAAGAAACAGCUCAAUUUUUUUAUAUUUUUUUUUACAAAGUUAAAGAGAAUCAAAAAGGAUUUGAAUUUCAA